UUUCGCUUUUUUAAACCAAUUCGAGAGAGUUAGUCCAGGUUUUUUCAACUAUGGAGGAUAGCGGCAUCGACAGCGAGGACAGGCAAUCCAACAUCUACGAGGAUGGGGCCGCGGGACUCCUGAAAACGGCCAGCGGAGCACCCAAGCAUAUGUCGGAUCUGGAGUUUGAGGUGGCAUUCAGGGGUGCCGGCAAGGUCUAUGCCCCCACGACCAUAGAAAUCGAUGAAGAGGAGGAAGCGACCGGAGGAAGCGGUCGAGGCCACGAGCCACCCAACACAUGCCGCAUACUGCAGCGCAAACUGGAGCUGAAGGUCGAGCGCGCCCGGCGGAACUACACUCAGUUUCAGGAGGAGCAGGCCACCAAGACGCAGUCGUCCACUCUGAUACCGAUCAACCGACUACCCAUUCCUGGCGAGCCGGAACACAAGCCCCUGGUGGACUACAAAUCCGAGAGCAGCGACGAGGCCGAGGAGAUCUCCUUCUUUCCGGCCCAGCUGAAGCGGUCCAAGCGACGCCAGCAGAACCACGAACUGACUGACACCUUCAGCAUACAGGAGAUGACCAUUGACUCGGAUCUGGAGUCGGACGACAGUGCUGGCACCCAGAAUCUCGAGCUCCUGCUGCCCUCCAUGAAGACGACCAUACUGGACAAGUUCAAGGGCUGCUUCGGAUGCUGGCGACGCAGGUAAUGCCAGGCGGAGGAGC